UAUGCAUGGAUAUCACCUGAAUCUUAACGAGAGCUUAAAUUGCGUGUAAACCGACUGUAACCAUGAGUGGCUCCAAGCCCGAUAUUCUCUGGGCCCCGCAUCACGUCGACAGAUUUGUUGUGUGUGAUUCGGAGUUGAGCCUUUAUCAUAUUGACUCUGCUGUAAGUUCAGAACUCAAGGCAGGGUCCUUGCGGCUGUCGGAAGAAACUACAGCUACGCUCCUGUCGAUAAAUUCGGAUACGCCGUAUAUGAAAUGCGUGGCUUGGUAUCCGAAGUACGAUCCUGAGUGUCUCCUCGCCGUCGGGCAGGCCAACGGUCGGGUGGUACUUACCAGCCUCGGGCAAGACCACAACUCGAAAUCUAAAGAUUUGAUAGGCAAAGAGUUUGUUCCCAAACACGCACGGCAAUGCAACACCCUCGCCUGGAACCCGCUGGAUAGUAAUUGGCUCGCUGCCGGGCUGGAUAAACAUCGGGCUGACUUUUCGGUGUUGAUCUGGGAUAUCAGUAGCAAAUAUGCCCCCGAGACUGCGGUUGCUACGGAGAAAGUAAGACUUUCGGCAGGAGAUCCGGAAGCGGGACUGGUAGUCACAAAGCCGCUGUAUGAAUUAGGACAGAACGAUGCUUGUCUCUCUCUCUGUUGGCUUCCACGAGACCAGAAGCUGCUUUUAGCUGGAAUGCAUCGAAAUCUGGCCAUUUUUGACCUGAGGAACACAAGCCAGAAAAUAUUUGUAAACACCAAGGCUGUCCAGGGAGUGACUGUCGAUCCCUAUUUCCACGAUCGCGUCGCUUCCUUCUAUGAAGGUCAGGUUGCCAUAUGGGAUUUGAGAAAGUUUGAAAAGCCCGUUUUGACUUUGACGGAGCAACCGAAACCCUUAACAAAAGUGGCGUGGUGUCCCACGAGAACUGGACUCUUGGCUACUUUAACAAGGGACAGCAAUAUCAUUAGGCUGUAUGACAUGCAGCAUACUCCCACCCCUAUUGGAGAUGAAACUGAGCCGACAAUAAUUGAAAGAAGCGUCCAGCCGUGUGAAAACUACAUUGCCUCGUUUGCCUGGCACCCCACGAGUCAAAAUCGAAUGGUAGUGGUGACUCCCAACAGGACUAUGUCCGACUUCACUGUUUUUGAAAGGAUUUCUCUUGCGUGGAGUCCAGUGACAUCGCUGAUGUGGGCUUGUGGGCGACAUUUAUAUGAGUGUACGGAAGAAGGGAAGGCCAGUUCCUUGGAAAAAGACAUAGCGACCAAAAUGCGGCUCCGAGCUCUGUCCAGGUAUGGCCUUGAUACUGAACAAGUGUGGAGAAAUCACCUCCUGGCUGGAAAUGAAGAUCCUCAGCUGAAAUCACUUUGGUACACUCUGCACUUUAUGAAGCAGUAUACUGAAGAUAUGGAUCAAAAACUUACAGGAAACAAAGGCCCCUUAGUUUAUGCUGGCAUUAAAACAAUUGUGAAGUCAUCUUUGGGAACAACAGAGAACCUCAGGCACAGCCGGAGCGGAUCCGAUAGACAGGCAGAUAUUAUUCAGUAUCUGAGUGAGGAGAGAUCCUUGGCUUUGCAGCUCUGUGGGUGGAUAAAGAAGGGAACAGACUUAGAUGUGGAACCUUUCUUAAAUUCAUUGGAACAGGAAGGAGACUGGGAGCGAGCUGCUGCUGUAGCACUUUUCAACUUGGACAUACGGCGAGCAAUACAAAUUCUGAAUAAAGGGGCUUCUUCGGGAAAAGGUGAUCUGAACCUUAACGUAGUAGCGAUGGCUCUGUCGGGCUACACAGAUGAGAAGAACUCGCUUUGGAGAGAAAUGUGCAGUACUCUAAGACUGCAGCUGAACAAUCCCUACUUGUGUGCUAUGUUUGCUUUCCUGACAAGUGAAUCUGGUUCAUAUGAUGGUGUUUUGUACGAAAAUAAUGUAGCUGUACGAGACAGAGUGGCGUUUGCUUGCAAGUUCCUCAAUGAUGCUCAGCUGAACAGGUUUAUUGAAAAGCUGACAAAUGAAAUGAAAGAGGCUGGGAACUUGGAGGGAAUACUGUUAACGGGGCUGACAAAAGAUGGAGUCGACUUGAUGGAAAGUUAUGUUGACAGAACGGGAGAUGUCCAGACAGCGAGCUACUGUAUGCUCCAGGGUUCUCCACUGGAUGUACUUAAGGACGAGAGAGUUCAGUACUGGAUCGAGAACUACAGGAAUCUUUUAGAUGCUUGGAGAUUUUGGCAUAAACGUGCAGAAUUUGAUAUCCAUAGGAGUAAGCUGGAUCCCAGUUCAAAACCUUUAGCACAGGUGUUUGUGAGUUGCAAUUUCUGUGGGAAAUCAAUCUCUUACAGCUGUUCAGCUAUCCCUCAUCAGGGGCGAGGCUUCAGCCAGUACGGAGUUAGCGGUUCACCGACUAAGUCAAAAGUUACAAGCUGUCCUGGUUGCCGGAAACCCCUUCCUCGCUGUGCGCUUUGCUUGAUAAAUAUGGGAACGCCAGUUUCCAGCUGUCCAGGGGGAUCCAAGUCCGAUGAAAAAGUGGAUCUUAGCAAAGACAAGAAGUUAGCCCAGUUCAACAACUGGUUUACGUGGUGUCACAACUGUAGGCACGGUGGCCACGCUGGCCAUAUGCUCAGCUGGUUCAGGGACCACACGGAGUGCCCGGUUUCUGCCUGCUCCUGUAAGUGCAUGCAGCUGGAUACCACAGGGAAUCUCAUUCCAGCAGAGACUGUCCAGGCAUAAAUAUGCUGGAAAAGAUGGAUGUUCAUCACGGUCCAAGAGUAUAUUCUAGAUGAAGGUAACUUGUGACUUCCUGACUGUGAAAAAAUAAAUUGCUGUCAGAUUAGUAAAAUGAUGUGUGUGACU